AUGGCCAUUUCUCAGUUGAUUGCUAUUUUUGGAAGCUAUGUGGACUUCCACAUUGGCUACUUUAAAGUCAGCAGCAACAACGCCCCUACCUUCAUCUGCAGUUUUGUCAUGCUACUCUUGGUUGUUUGUCUUAUGUUGGUAUUAAAGAAUCCGAGUGUACCUCCAAGAAGAGACUCAGUGAGCUUCAAAAGUGCAUUCAGAGAUUUUUGUUCCGCCGAAAUACACCAGUUGUUAGGAUGCAUCGUAAUGUUGUGGGGGAUGUUCCUUGCCUCAUUUUUAAUGAGUGAAGUGGUAUAUUUCAUGCCAGUUUUCCUUACGGAAUCGCUAGGAUGGGAUACCAAGUUUCAAGGUGUGGCUUUCAUGGUUGCUUCCAUAAUUGGAAUUUGCGGCAACCUUUUAUUUCCGUACAUCACCAAGCAGAGGUCGGAGGGGGAGAUCAACCAACUCCAAAAGCAAGUCAACAGACUGGAACUGGUGUGUGAGAGCAUUGACGACGAGAAACAGCAGCAGCUUGAAUUAUUUAAGAAGAAGCUUAUGUUCCAGAACCAGGUCUUGAUUUCUCUCCUUUCUCUUGCGUUUGCCUUGUUUGGUCAGACAUUCAUGAUCGGUGCUGAAAAGACAUUUAGAUCCCAUUCACUUCCUCACAUCAACACGGGCUGCUUCUUUGUGUCUGGACUCUCGCUUAUAAUGUUGGGUUACAACGGAAUGGCCUCAACGUUUCCUGCUUUGUUUUCAGAAUAUAUUAAGCCACAAGUGAAACUCCAGUUGAUGCCAAUUAUUGGAGCCAUUGCUGCUUUGGGAAAGCUUGUGGCACCCGUCGUGCUCUCCAACUUGUACCAAACGAAAUUGGGCAUGUCCAUUGCAGUCGGUUUGGGGAUGAUUCUUACUGGCUUGACAGCACCAGCUGUUUUGUGGCUCUUAUCCAGGAAAUCGAGAGCCUAG